AUGACCGGCCAGGCGCAGCAACCGAUCUCAAGUCGUUCAUUCUACUUUGGAUUGGGAUACCUAGACCAGUGUGCUUGUUUUGUGGGCCUCGGCUUCUUAAACGUCUACUUGUUGCCCCACGUGUACAAGAAACAUCAAGAGAACAAGAUUGAGAUUGAAGAGCUUGAGGCCAAGGUGAAAAGGCUUCAGUGGGAUUUCGACCAUGGCCGGUACAGCAGCCAAUACGACUACAACGAUGAAUCGAGUCCUUUGAAGCCAAUCUUAUUUCCCUGUCGAACGUCUCACACACGUUUCUUCCCCCAGAAGCACAACUUUUCCUACUCAUACCUUUAUGUGGGUAUCCCAGUUGGCUGGCGAGGCUGGGUCUCGUCUUUCUUGACUGCAGAUCUCAGAACUUUGCCAUGGAGGGGCCGGAAACCCAAAAACGGCUGGUUCAACGUUGAUUCUGCCGAUUUUCUCGCUCGAGGGGAUAGCAUGCACGGUUUACGGGGCAAGCUUGAUACAUACCUUGAAUCUCAAAAUGAGAAGGUUGAGGACUACCCCAUUGCUUAUCUUGUGACUGCGCCUCGAUUUCUGGGGUACUCCUUCAACCCUGUGUCAUUCUGGUACCUGUACAACAGGACAAAGAAGCUGAAAGCCAUGAUACUCGAAGUAAAUAAUACAUUCGACGAGAGACGUAUGUACUUCUUAAAAGAUACGGAGCCUGACAAUGGAGCUUCUGUGGAUGAGAAUGAAAACCUCGCAGCCGGAAAAGUGGAUCAGAAGGGUAGCCAGGGCCAGAGUACACCCGAUCAGAAGGUACUCGGACGGUUCGCGAAAUCAUGGCCGAAGGACUUCCACGUGUCUCCAUUCAACUCUCGGAAGGGCGCCUACUCGCUUUCGGCUAAUGACCCCUUCUUUCCUAACUUAAGUAGCAGGGCUGGUGCAGCCCUCGUCAACAAUACCAUCACCCUUAGCUCUUCUAAACAGCAUCCAAAGCUCAUUGCUCGCGUUUUUUCUUCCUCUGAUAGCAUAGACCCCUACAAACUCAAAGGAUGGAGUAUCUUUAAAUUUAUUGCAGCUUGGUGGUGGGUAGGUCUGGUCACGUUCCCACGGAUAGCACGAGAAGCAGGGAAGCUCUUCUUUCGAAGAAAGCUACACGUUUGGUACAGGCCCGAGGUACUCAAAGACAGCAUCGGGAGGAAUGAGACGCAGGACGAAACAGCUAUCGCCACAAUUUUCCGACACUACCUCAAAACCCUUGUCGAAAGUUCAGAACUUCCGUUCGCUCUGCGAUUCCUAUCGGGCAUCGCGACCAUGUCUGCCGAGGAAUCCUUCAAGCCGCACGCCCUGUGUGACAAGCCAAACAUGCAGCAAAGCCCUGUAAAUUUCAAGAUCACUUCACCUCUCUUCUACGCCCAAAUCAGCCGCUGCACAUCCGUUUCCGAGUAUAUCAAGAUCGCUCUCUCAAAGCCAGAUCCUGGAGCAGCUACUUUCCAUACAUCUCACCCUGACCUCCUCACAAAACUUUUCGAAGAACCCCCUACUGUAUUCAACCUUUUCAACAUGCGGCCGUGGUGGAAAGCUGCUUCGGCAGAUAAAUAUGCGGUGCUUCUGGAUGUGUUCUCUCUCGCACCCACCUCGCUACUAAAUCUCCUCCGUUGGGUACCUAUUUACCUUUUUCGGCGCCUUCCGUCUCCAUCUCACCACUAUGCGCUUUCGGAUCUUGAUGCCUGCGCCGUGCAUCUGCCCGGUACCGACGCGCCAAAGGUGCUCGCAUACAGGAAAGCUGUCCUCAAGAUGCUGUUGAGCGAUUAUGUUGCUUUUGGUAUGCCAGCUGUGAUCGAUGCCGCGCUUUGGAUCGUCAAGAUCUGGCUCUGCUGGCUCUGCGUACAGUCUUUCGACAAUUUGGUCGGGCUUUGCGACGGGCAUAGGCAAUUGACCGUGAACGAGGUUGGGAAGGUGGUGCUGGGGUGUCUGGGCGUGCAUUUAUGGUGGGGUCUCGGAGAAGUGCUCUAG